CCGCGCCGCCCUGACUCGGCGGCCGCAGCAUCCCGCGUCCAGAAGCAGCUACCCGCACACUCGCUAUGGACGCCGGCAGGAAGCGCACGCGCGCCAACCCGCGCAAGACGGCCAACCCGCUGUCCGUGCUCUGCUUCUGUUGGACGCUGCCUGUGUUCCGCGAAGGCUACACCCGUGAUCUGGAGGUAGAGGAUUUGUGCGACCCGCUGGACCAAGACUAUUCUGCACCCCUUGGUGACAGCUUAGAAAAAGAAUGGGACAAGAAACCCAACCUGUGGAUAGCGAUUGCAAAAUGCUUCUACAAGGAUUACAUCCGGCUUGGAGUCAUGGUCUUCAUCUUCGACUGCGUCUUAAGGAUAAUGCAGCCGGUGCUGCUGGGGUACCUGCUGGACUACUUCACGCCGCCGCGCACCAUGAGCAAGCACGUGGCGGCGCUGUACGCGGGCGGCGUCGUCGCGGCCACCGGCCUCAGCGCGCUGCUCUUCAACCACUACAUGCUGGACGCGCUGCGCACCGGCAUGCGCGUGCGCACCGCCUGCUGCUCGCUCAUCUACAGGAAGUCGCUGCGCCUGAGCCGCACCGCUAUGGGAGAGACAGCGGCUGGCCAAGUGGUCAACCUGCUGUCCAACGACGUCAGUAGGUUCGACCUGCUGUCCGUCUUCAUGCACACCAUGUGGGUUGCCCCCAUCACCGGCCUCAUUUGCGCCUACUUCAUCUACGUCGAGAUCGGUGCUGCUGCUUUUGUCGGGAUAGCAAUCGUGUUCAUCGUGGUACCUACGCAAGCGUACAUGGGGAAACUGUCGUCUCACUACCGUGAACAGACGGCAGAGAAAACAGAUAAGAGAGUGCGUCUUACAGAGGAGGUUAUUUCUGGCAUGCAAGUUAUAAAAAUGUAUGCCUGGGAGAAACCUUUCGCCAAUCUUAUAGAGAUGGCAAGAAAGCUGGAGAUGAUAGUUAUCCUGAAAACUUCCUAUAUUCGAGGUAUUUUUAUGAGUUUCAAUCUAUGUACAACUCGGUUGGCCUUGUGUUGUGCAUUGGUCACAUUUGUACAGCUGGGAAAUGAAUUGACUGCAAACAAGAUAUUUGUUGUUCUCACAUACUUCAACAUUCUUGCACAGUUAAUGUCGAUGGUUUUUGUAAGAGGAGUGGCAGAAUUAGCUGAAGCUGUAGUUUCUGUCAGACGUAUUCAGGCAUUCCUUUUGAAUGAAGAAUUAAUUGAGACAAGAACCUCAACCAUUUUGGCUGUAAAUAACGUGAAUCAUGAAAAUAACAAAGAGUUAAAGGGAGAGAUAGCAGUUAGUUUGGAACACGUCUCUGCUAAAUGGACGGAAACUCUCACCAACAAUACUCUGGAUGAUGUAAACUUGAGAGUUUAUAAGGGUGAACUGCUUGGAGUUGUGGGCCCUGUUGGAUCUGGCAAGAGUUCUCUUCUGCAAGCGAUAUUAGGGGAGUUACCUCUAAAGGAGGGAUCACUAAAUACAACAGGAAAGUUUUCAUACGCGUCCCAAGAGCCUUGGGUCUUCGCAUCAACAGUGCGCCAGAAUAUACUGUUUGGUCUUCCUUAUGACAAAGUGCGAUACAAACAAGUCAUACAUGCAUGUGCCCUGCAACGUGACUUAGAACUUUUACCUCAAGGAGACCUCACAGUGGUUGGAGAAAGAGGAACCUCGCUCUCAGGAGGACAGAAAGCUCGAGUUAAUCUGGCCAGGGCAGUAUAUCGUGAGGUUGACAUAUAUCUUUUGGAUGAUCCUCUCUCAGCAGUGGAUACCCAUGUUGGCAAGCAUCUAUUUGAAGAAUGCAUCAGCAAAUUCUUACGUAAUAAAACCCGAAUACUGGUCACACAUCAAAUUCAAAACCUGCCAGACACCGACCGUGUUAUCAUCAUCAAUAAUGGACGCAUUGUGAUCCAGAGUACAUACGCUUCACUUAUUCAAAAUCCAUCAUCUGCUGCUGCACUAGUGUUUAUAGAAGAUAACAACAAUGAGGAUCAGCCAGAAGAAGAUCAAAAUCAAGAGAAGAAUUGCAAACAGUUUGUAAGAGGACAUAAACAAGCAACCAGAGCAUCUAUAAGGAGUGUCUCUUCAUACCAUGGACCAGCUAUUGGUGAGGAAGAGGAUGAAGAGGCACCUGAUAUGAUAGAAGCCACAACCAAAGGAGUUGUGAAAACAUCACCAUACAUUGGCUACUUCAGAUCAGGAACCAACUACUUUGUCAUACUUUUGAUGCUCAUCUUGUUUGCAUUGGCUCAGAUACUGGCUAGUGGAUCUGACUACUAUGUGUCAUAUUGGACUACUCAGGAAGAAAAAAGGAAACUACAUAUGUUGCCAGAUAAUAAAGAAUUUUAUAAUGUGAGUGAAGCUUCUCAGGAUGAAAUAAUUAUUCACAGUAAUGGAACAGCCCACACAGGAAAUCAUGAUGAACUGCUGACCACAGAAAAUUACAUCUCCCUGUAUGUUGGGAUUAUUGUUGCUUUGCUUGUGACAGCAUUCACACGUUCACUUGCCUUCUACAAAAUCUGUGUCACUUGUUCAAAAAACCUUCACAACAAGAUGUUCACUAAUCUUAUGAAGGCCCCAAUGAGAUUCUUCCAUACAAAUCCAUCAGGACGUAUACUAAACCGAUUCUCAAAAGAUAUGGGUGCUGUAGAUGAGAUUCUUCCCAAGUCAUUGUUGGAAGCUAUUCAGGCAUUGAUGCUUGUGGUUGGAACAUUGUUUGUAUCUGUCUCUGUUAACUGGGUAUAUCUUAUACCCAUAAUAAUUAUGGGAUGUAUAUUUUGGUGUGUAAGGAAAGUUUAUCUCAAAUCUUCCAAGAAUCUGAAACGACUGGAAGGAAUGACUAAGAGUCCAGUAUUUACACAUGUAAUAGCAACUCUGCAGGGUCUGACAACAAUAAGAGCCUAUAAUGCUGAGGAUAUUCUCAAAGAAGAAUUUGAUAAACAUCAGGAUCUACACACUUCUUCUUUUUACAUGUUCCUCACAACUGCACAAACAUUUGGAUUUUUACUAGAUGUUAUGAGCCUUGUUUAUAUAGCAUUUAUUGCUUUCAGCUUUCUGUUCCUUGAAGAUUUGUUUGGUGGUGGAAUGGGUCUGGCAUUGACACAAGCCAUGAACCUCACAGGCAUGAUACAGUUUGCAAUGCGAUUUACAGCAGAAGCAACAAAUCAGAUGAUGUCAGUAGAGCGUGUACUUGAAUACCUGCAUUUGGAAGAAGAACCAAUGCUAGAAUCUCCUCCAGACAAAAAACCCCCAAAUACUUGGCCAGCUAAAGGUGAAAUAGAGUUUCGACAUGUGUAUUUGCGUUAUGGACCGCAAUCUAAUCCAGUUCUUAUUGAUCUUAAUCUUCGUAUUAGAGCAGGCGAGAAGGUAGGAAUAGUAGGUCGAACAGGUGCAGGAAAAUCAUCUCUGAUUUCUGCAUUGUUCAGGCUAGCCACUGUAGAAGGUGAACUAAUCAUUGAUGGAUUAGACACUGCACAUGUUGGGCUGAAAGAUCUAAGAUCACACAUGUCUAUUAUACCACAGGAUCCAGUAUUGUUUGCUGGAACAUUACGUUUUAAUCUUGAUCCUUUUGAUGAAUUCUCUGAUGAUGUGUUGUGGAGAGCUCUUGAUGAGGUAGAGCUUCGAGAGAUGCUAAAUGACAGUCUUGGUUUGGACUCACUUGUGAUGGACCAGGGAAGCAACUUCAGUGUGGGUCAACGUCAGUUGGUGUGCCUGGCACGUGCAAUAUUACGAGAUAGUCGUGUGUUGAUGCUGGAUGAAGCCACAGCAAAUGUAGAUAAUUUCACUGACAGCUUGAUACAAAGAACUAUACGGCUGAGGUUUUCAAAGUGCACUGUUUUGACAGUAGCCCAUCGUCUGAAUACGAUCAUGGAUUCUGACAAAGUGUUGGUGAUGGAUGCUGGUCGUGUGGUGGAAUUUGGCCACCCAUACUCAUUGCUCCAGAAUAAAGAAGGAUAUUUUUACAAAAUGGUGGAACAGACUGGAAGCUCUAUGUCAGAGAAACUUAGGAGUAUUGCUGAAGAGUGUUACAGUGAGCAGUGUCACCUUUGAGACUACACUGCUGUGAAGUACAACAAUAGAACAAAAUACCUCAACUUAGGGUCUUCUACUUGGCUCUUAUAUCUGAAUAUUGCCAAAGUUUACAGUGAGCUGUUUUAAAGUUCACUGUUAUACUUAUGUGUUAUACACAUCCAGUUACUUUAAUUCAAACUGCAUGGUAGUUUGCUUUAAUACUGGAAUUUGUACAUAUGAAUAAAUGUAAAUUAAUGUAUAUAUUUACUUUUUGUACAAUUUUGUGUUAACUGUAAGUAAUUUGUACAUAGUGGUAAUGUAAAAAGCUAAAAUGUCA